AUGGCCCGAAGCCGCCACCCGCUCUGGGCCGCCGCACUGCUGCUCGUGCCGCUGGCCGUCGCCUCGCUGGUGCGCGCCCAGGAAGAGCCGCACGGGGGGACCCCUUUCGGAGAGAGCUGCCUGGCCCAAUUCACAGCGGGCUUGCCCGAGUUUGUCCUGGACACGGACGCCUCGGUGGCGAACGGCGCCACCUUCUUGGUCUCCCCGGCAGUGGAGCGGGGCCGGGACUGCGUGCGAGCUUGCUGCAUGGACCCUCGGUGCAACCUGGCCCUCGUGGAGCAGCUCCCGGGCGAGCUGGACGCCAUCAAGGACUGCUUUCUCCUCGACUGCCUCUACGAUCAGGCCUUCGUCUGUAAGUUCGCCAGGAAAGACGGCUUUCUCAACUACGUCAAGAAGGAGGUGUACGAUUCCUACGUGGCCAUGCGAGAACAAGGCGACCGAGAUGAUAAACCUCCUGUAGCCUAUGCCUGGAUGGACAUGAAAGUGCAGCCUAAUGAGCCAGCGCUGCUGAGGGGUACGGAAAGUUUCGAUGACAAUGGAAUUGUGAGUUAUGACUGGACGCUUCUCUCAGGUGAUUCCUCUGUGUCAAUAGAGAAAGGGGCAGAUCACGCAAUCCUCACCAAUCUGAAGGAAGGGAUUUACAUGGUCCGGCUGACUGUGACGGACACUGUUGGCCAGCAGGACUCAACCAACAUCACGGUCACUGUGCUGACUCCUGAGCAGACUAUAGAGCACUGCUUGGCUCCUUAUAGGGUGGGACGGUGUCGGGGUUCCUUCCGUCGCUGGUACUACAAUCCGGAGAGUCAGGAAUGCAAGGAUUUCAUCUUUGGUGGCUGUAAACCCAACAAGAACAAUUACUUAAGGGAAGAGGAAUGCAAACUUGCCUGCAAGAAUGUCCAAGGUGUUGUUGAAAAGAAGCAAGAGCCAGUGUGCAAUGGCGACUGCUUGCCCUUCUAUUUCAAAUGUAAGGACGGCUGCUGUAUUGAUAACUUCCGAGAAUGUGAUGAAGUUCCAGAUUGCUUAGAUGGUUCGGAUGAAAAGUCGUGUGAUUCAUUUGUCCAAGGAUUCAAUAAAUUACGUGAGAUCAAUGUUUCCCUCAGCCAGGCUCACUGUGUGGAUAUGCCAGAUACUGGGCUGUGCGAAGAGAGUUUAUCUCGCUGGUACUACAACCCAUUCACUGAGAAAUGUGGUCGCUUCACCUAUGGAGGUUGUGAUGGCAACAAGAAUAACUUUGAGGAGGAGGAAGCAUGUAUGAAAUCGUGUAAAGGUGUCACAAAGGCUGACUUAAUUGGGCAGAGAUGGAGAGGACAUGAGUACCAGCGGCAAGGUUUAAGCUCUUUUGAAGUGGCCAUUGCAGUGCUCCUUGGGGUGUGCAUCUUGGUAGUAUCAGCCAUCCUUGGCUACUUGUUCUUGAAGAACAAAAAGACUUACCGCCGGCGACGCCAGCCACCUACUGCAGCCAACUCCACUCUCUCUUCGGUUCUCUCCAGCACAGAAGACACAGAGCAUCUUGUCUACAACAGCACCACAAAGCCCAUUUGAGUUUGCAGAGCUGCCCUCCACUUCAGGGAGUGGGACAGUUUUAUGUACUGUUGACAGUGCCUUUGGGAAAAAAGGCCUAUGGCUGAAGGAUUCCCCCUCCAUGUUCCCUGCCCUUAGACUGUUGGACACUAGCCAUCUUACUAGCCCUAGCAAUUGUCCUAAGUAUUUGACAGAUCCUGAGGAGAAGGAAUGGCAAAAUUAGUUCCCAUUCCCUUUGUACAAAGCAUCCAUGGCUCCCUUUGUUGAUGAUUUCCUUAGUUGUUUAGGUGGGAGGGAGUUACUUUAAAUAUAAGGGUUUGUUUGAAGGAGCUAUGGGUUGAUUUGGUAUGGAAUUUGUCCUCCCACAAACCCACUGAAGUCAACAUUUCUCUUUCUGUGCCAUAGGACUUCCGCUACUCCUUCUUUUUCCUCUUUCAAAAAUCGCCCCACUUUAUGCAACGGUCUAAGUGGUUCAGACACAGUGAUGCCUCCGAAAGUCCUUUUGAGUUCCCCAUGGCUUUAUCAAUGUGAAUUUAGGGUUGCAUUGGGUGGUCCUUCAAGUGAUAACACAUGAAAGAGAAGUGUGAAAGACCCUUGAUGUGAAACCAAUGGUAGGGUAUCUGAAAUGGCUAGAGUAAUGCCAUCACGGUUUACAUAUUCCAUUAUGGCGUUUGGCUUUAAAUCUUAGAUUCCUCUUGAAAGAGGAAACGCAACUGAAACAUGUUCCUAAGUAUUGAGCAUCUGGUUCUGCAGUCACUUUUCCACUCUGCACACUGUUCCUACCUCCAAGGUUGCUGUUUCUGCUUUUAAUGUUAAAUGACUAGUAUGCGUGAUUAUUAUUAUUAUUUUAGUGUCUCAUCUGUAUGUAUUUAUUUUUUGGAACCAAAAUGUGACUGGUAAAAUAAGUCUCCUGUUUUCUAGCCCAUCUGCAAGCGCACCAUCAAUCUUCUGUGUAUAUAUAUAUUUUUUAAACAUUAAUAAUUUCCCUUCAACUAUGGGCAAUAGAAACCGCUCCUUUGCUACACUGGUGCUGCUUACUGAUUCUGCUUUUAGUUAGAUUUUUUGUGUUUGUUUUCCAACAAGAGCUCCAGAAGCAAGGAGAAUAAUGGAAGCUGGGAAAGUGUGCAUCUUGCAAGGUGAUCGUCCAACUAGGAAAAUCCAGGGGGAAGUGCAGCCUCCAGCCCCGAAAGGAGACGAAUGGGGGGAAGGGGGCCACCCCCCAGGUGUCAAUAUGUGGAAGAUCUAAAACUAUGCCUGUUAAUACUUCAGAGCUGCCAACCACAAGUCAUACCAUAUUUUGCUCUUUGCUGUUGAGCAGAUAUGGCAGGUUUUUAUCCCUUUUCUUCUACACUUCCCUUGGAAUCUGAUGCAGCCUUACCGUUCCUUGCAUCUCCUAAUCCAUUCAUUCCUGAACCCUGAUCUGUAUUAGAGUCACAGACGCCUGAAACAGCAACUGGCCUUCCUCAAAGUAUCCUCUGUACACAGGCAAGCAUGCCUGGAGGAUGGAGCUAGGAGGAUGGAGCCUUGGCCCUGGGGCGGCCUGCUGGUCCAGCUCCCUCCCCGAUUGCUGUACUCAGAGGAUGGGUAGAUGACAGGGAAGGUCUACAUGUAAGCAUUUGCUUGUGCAUAGAUGCUGGGACUGCUGGUGACCACAGUUUGUCCUCCACAUUUUUGUCUAUGUGUGGAUGACAUUGGGGAAAGGGCUCGCAUGGUAGAGUAGGGUGGGCAACCAGUGGCCCUCCAGAUGUUGCUGGACUGCAACUUCGCGAUUCCUUCUCACUGGGAGUGCUGACCGGGACUGGUGGCAGUUGCAGUCCAACAACUUCUGGAGAGCCACACGUUGCCACUCCUGUUCCAGGUGAUCAACCAGUCUCUCUCUCUCUCAGUCUGUGUCUGAUUUUCACCCUUCUGAGAAUCCGACAGCAUAGCCCAAUGCUUCUCUCACAACCAAGCCACACACCAUCCAUCCCUCUCCACCUGUGGGGCAGUAGGUGGAAGGUGGACCUGCGAAGACAGUUGGACUUACUCAUCAGAAAGAAAAUGUACGUAAUGCCAGCUACUGUGUUAAUAGCACCUCUUGCUAUGGAAUAAUUGGGAGACAUAGCAGAGAAUGCUUGUGCCUUUCCCCCCACCCCUUUUGUGGUGUUAUGAUUUUAAAAAAAUUGUGUGUACUGUAUAGAAGGAUAUUUUUUGCUUUGGUGUAAGACUCUGCUGGCUGAGUUCCACAGGUAGCAGCAAGAAGGAGAGGGAGAGUGCUGGGCAGUGAAUUUUUUUUCUCCUCUAAGCUAGCAGUUUUCCCUUGGGCCAGAUGUCUUGCACCUGGAACUGCCUCAGAAUGCUCUGCAAUGGCAGAACAGGGUGGCGCAGGUAAUAAGACGGCUUGCAGUUGUGCUGGGAAGGGAAGGGGCAGGACAGGAGAUAGCUCAUUAACCUUGGUGUUCGGCAGGUUACUCCACACUAUAUUUGUAUCUAGAUCAAUACUUCUAUAGAAUAACAUGCCAUAUACCAGGGGCCUG